UCUCUAAUCCGUGGGAAAUGGCUUCCAUCAUCAAAUGCGGGGUUACACCGGUUAGCAAAUUUUUCAUCACAAAACGUGCCUUUUUACAGCUAAAAACUACUGUCAGGAUGUCUUCUUAUCUCAUAGAUAAUCCCAAGUAUUCCUGGUUGAAGGAACUUGGUCUUGAGUCACAGAACAAGGGGGUGUAUUGCGGUGAAUGGAUUGGAAGCGGCGAGGAGGUAACCUCAUAUUCACCAACAACAAAUGAGCCAAUCGCUAAAGUUACUCAGGGUAAUUCUAAAGAUUAUGAGAGAGCAGUUAAAGCAGCUAGAGAGGCGUGGCAGACCUGGGCAGAGGUGCCAGCCCCACAGAGAGGAGAGAUUGUUCGACAGAUUGGGGAAGCUCUCAGAGAGAAGAAAGAAUUACUAGGCAAAAUGGAGUCACUAGAGAAUGGGAAGAUACUUGCGGAGGGCAUUGGUGAGGUACAGGAGUAUAUAGAUAUCUGUGAUUAUGCGGUUGGCUUGUCUAGAAUGUUUGCUGGCCAUGUCUUCCCGUCAGAAAGAAAAGGUCAUGCUUUGUUAGAACAGUGGAAUCCACUUGGUGUGGUAGGAGUUAUAACAGCUUUUAACUUCCCUGUGGCAGUGUAUGGCUGGAACAAUGCUAUAGCUCUUGUCUGUGGAAACACCAUGUUGUGGAAAGGUGCACCAACAACUCCACUAACCAGUAUAGCUGUAACCAAAGUAGUGACCUCAGUGUUAGAGAAGAAUGGUAUGCCAGGGUCUGUCUGUUCUAUGGUGUGUGGUGGAGCUGAUAUAGGGAGUCUGAUUGCUAAAGAUGAAAGAAUACCCUUGGUGUCUUUUACUGGCAGUACACAGGUUGGACAUAAAGUUUCUAUGAUGGUACAGGAGAGGUUUGGAAAGUUCUUGUUGGAAUUGGGUGGUAACAAUGCUAUUAUAGUAAAUGAUGAUGCAGAUAUAGAUAUGGUGGUUCGUGCCUCGGUGUUUGCAUGUGCAGGUACUGCUGGGCAGAGGUGUACAACCACAAGGCGAUUGAUAUUACAUGAAUCUGUACAUGAUGAAGUGGUCUCUAGGUUAGUGAAGGCUUACGCACAGCUUAGAAUAGGAGAUCCCAUAGAACCUGACACACUGUAUGGACCACUACACAGUAAACAGGCCGUUCAGAUGUAUAACAAUGCAGUAGCAGAAGCUGUGAAGGCCGGCGGGAAAGUAGAAUGUGGAGGGGAGGUGAUAGACAGACCGGGUAACUUCGUACAGCCAACAAUUAUAUCAGGACUUUCACAUGAUGAUAAAAUAGUUCAUACAGAAACGUUUGCACCAAUAGUUUAUGCAUUAAAAUUUAAAAAUCUUGAUGAAGCUAUUGGCUGGAAUAAUGAAGUAAAACAAGGGCUGUCAAGCAGUCUGUUUACCAAAGAUCUGGGAAAUAUUUUCAAAUGGAUUGGACCAAAAGGUUCAGACUGUGGGAUAGUCAAUGUAAAUAUCCCGACAAGUGGAGCAGAAAUUGGUGGUGCCUUUGGUGGUGAGAAACAUACAGGUGGUGGCAGAGAGUCUGGCAGUGAUGCAUGGAAACAGUAUAUGAGAAGAUCUACAUGCACAAUCAAUUACAGCAAGGAGCUGCCACUAGCCCAAGGAAUCAAGUUUGAAUAAUUGGAUCAACAUUGUGCUAAGAAAUAUGUACUCAGAUUGUGAAUAUAAUGUGAUAAAAACUCUGGACAGAUUAAGGUAGUACUGCACAUUUCGGAUCUUUUUUGCUACAAGCUUUUUCAUGUUGAUUUGGGUUCUUAUUAAAUUCUUCUUGAGAUAAUUCUGCAUCAUAAUACUUAUAUAGAAAUAUUUUUAUCCCAGAUUUUUUGGAUAUGAAAGGUGUAAAUGAAAUGUAAUAUUUUCACUUCCAUUAAAACUUGAGGGAAAAUAAAGGCAGUUAUGUUUAUUUAAGUUUUUAGUCAGGGGUGUAUUGAAACAGAAUAUGGGUUUUAGUGUAGAUUGUUUGAGUACAAGUUUCAAUGUAGGUUUUCUAUGGGUUAAGUGGUAGAUAUAAAAGUUCUUAUUUGAAAUGUGCAGUACUUGUUUAAAGCAAACCAGAGGCAUUUUCAGUAUUCUGUAACAUAUAUUGAUAUUAGAUAUGACUUGUUAUAAAUGUAAAUGGUUGUAGUGGUUAAGGUACUAGAAAAGUGUGUCUUACAGGCAGUGAUAAUUGCAAACAUUUAUUUUACCCCCCGACAACAAAGUUGUAAGGGGGGUAUACUGGUUUCAGGUUGUCUGUCUGUCUGUCUGUCUGUCUGUCUGUCCGUCUGGUCGUCUGUCCGUAGAUGCAAUCUUGUGUGCACCAUCUCUCCUUAUCCCCUUGACAGAAUUUAAUGAAACUUCACACAAGUGAUCAGUACCAACAGUAGUUGUGCAUGGGGCAUGUUAGGUUCUUUUAGAAAAAGAAUUUGCAGAGUUAUGGGACUUUG